AUGACUACUCCGUUUUCGCAGUCUGUUUUUGCUCAAUCUCUCUUCGAAGAGAACCCAGCAAAAAAUGCAGAGAUAAUUGAGCCAUCAACACAAACUUCGCCAUUCCUUGUUUCGAAACGACAAAAAGAUGUAGGUGGAGACUUACGACGCUCUAAAACCACUUCGGACGUUCAUCCAGUUGCGUCGUCAUUGGAAGAUGCAAAUUCCGACGCGUCUACUUCGUCAAAAUUGCUUCCUAUUCAGGAAAUUCCAAAACAACAAGAUCAUUCAGGACCUCCUCCUUCUGGCUAUUGGAAACACCCUGUCGUUGAUACUGUCUCCAAACGUCUUCACGAUCAGAUCCCUACCGACCGCACUUGGAGCCGCAUGAUUUCUAAUCUUUUUGCUCUCGUUUGCUUUCAAUUUCUAAAGUGCUUCCUUCCAAAAACGAACUCUAUCAAAUUUGCUUCUUGGGCGCUUCAGUUUUUGCUGGUCCUUAACAUCCUCGAGGCUUUUUGGCAAUUUAUUCGCCCUCGACCUACUUUUGAUGAUUUAAAGCUAAGUCCUAGUCAAAGGAAGCUUCUUGGUUUACCGCCAGCUGAUCCAAGUUCCACUCGCGUGCCAGGCCCUAGCUUUCAACAGUCUAGCAAGAUGUCAAGUUUAAAGACUUUUCCUUCACAGCGAAGCACUACUUGGGCUUAG